GGGUUCCCUGUGUGGAGCGGCACUAGCCCCGCCCACCUGGGUGCGCGUGCGCGGACGCUGUGGGGAGCCGUCGCAAUGGUCUCCACUGUUCUUCCCGUAUCACGGAUGGCUUUCGUCUGGAGAGCAACAAGAUUAUCUCUUCUGAAUCAUCCUUUGAGGAAAAUGAGUCACCAAGAAGGAAAGCCCGAGCCUGCGAAGCCAGCCCUCAAGAAGUCAAAGGUGCCAGUCGGUCGUUUUGACGCACCGGAGGAUUCACCAGAGGAGAGAGACCCACUGCAGAAGUUUCCAGAUGAUGUAAAUCCAGUUACCAAAGAAAAAGGUGGACCCCGGGGCCCAGAGCCUACACGCUAUGGAGACUGGGAACGGAAAGGACGCUGUAUUGACUUUUAAGUCACACAACCUCACAAUUGCAGAAUCAUUUCCUCAACUAUUUGUGUAAAAACUACUUUGUGUCGUUUUCUUUCUGCGUAUCCUUUAAGUGUGUAAUUUCCAUCGUAUGACUUAAAAUGCAUGUGGUAGCUUUGAGGAGCAAAUGCUGCUAUUGAUCAGGCAAAUGCUGCUAUUGAUCAGGGACGUGGAGACACUUCCAUUAGCAUGUUAACUUCAACUUAAGUGUGUCUGGGCAGAGAGCCUGUGAUGAGAGCUGCAAGCCUUUGCCAUGAUCUUUUUAAAAUUUAUUUAAUCAGUUGCUUAUAAAGUACACAUGUAAAUAAAUACCUUUUGGAGAUUUUUCUUUAGAUUUAUUAUUUUAUUUUUAUAAGUAUGAGUGUUUUUUUUUUUCUUUCAGUGUAUAAAUAUGUGCUUGGAGCCCAUGAAGGCCAGUAGAGGGCAUCCUACCCCCAUGGAACUGGGGUUGUGGGUGGUUGUGAGCCACCCUGGUUGGUGGGAACUGAACCCAGGACCUCUGCAAGAGCAACAGGAGUCAGAACCUCUGUGCCAUCCCUUCCACCCCCAGGAGCUGGUACUGUUCUUUUUAACUAUGUUUACAUAGGUAUGUCUGUGUGCACACACAUGUGAGUGCAGUUGCCCUCACAGGCUGGAAGAGGGUGUCAGAUUUUUCUGGGGCUGGAGUAAUGGGCUGAUUAUGAGCCUCAAGCCCUGGGUUGCCAGGAGCCAAGCUCAAGUCCUCCGGAAAGCUGUUCUCUUUCUUAACCACAGAGCUGUCGUCCCAGCCCCAGUAAAGUGGCUUUUACACAAUCGUUGCUAUGACUAGGUGUGCUGGUUAGUUUGGGUCGAGUUUUCGUAAGCUAGAGUCAUCUUGGAAGAGGGAACCUCAGUUAAUCAAAUGCUAUCAGACUGGCCUGUAGGCAAGUCUAUGGAGCUCUUUCUUGAUUGAUGACUGAUACGGGAGGGCCCAGCCUACUGUGGGCAGUGCCACCACUGGCCAGGUAUGCAAAAGCAAGUUGAACUAGCCACAGGGAGCAAGCCACUAAACAGCUUUCCUCUGCUUCAGUUCCUGCCUCUAGGAACUGCUUUUACUUCUGUCUUGAUUUCCCUUCUCCAUGGACUUUUACAUCUGUGUAAUCUGUGAGGUGGAAUAAACCCUUUCCU